AUGGCUCACGAAGAGAAGCAUACCGCGUCCAGCGAAGAGCACGUCCAAAUGCUCGAGGUCCGCGAAGAGAAGGACCAGGGCGACCUUCUUCCAUCUCCCGUGUCUGCUACUGCAGCGCGCGCGCCCGCCAGCAAGGCUAAGCUGUCCGCAACGAUGAUAAUCCCUGUCUGGAUUAUCCUCAGUUCCGCCGUCAUCAUCUACAACAACCACUUGUACAACACCCUCCAGUUCCGCUACCCUGUGUUCCUUGUCACCUGGCAUCUGACCUUCGCUGCUAUUGGCACCCGCGUUCUGCAAAGAACAACACAUCUCGUUGAUGGCGCGAAGGACGUGAACAUGAGCAAGGACAUGUUCCUCCGGAGUAUCCUCCCCAUUGGUCUGCUUUUCAGCGGCUCGCUCAUCCUCAGCAACACCGCGUACCUAUACCUGUCUGUCGCAUAUAUCCAGAUGCUAAAGGCGUUCACGCCAGUUGCGAUCCUCUUGAUCUCAUGGACGUUCCGGAUACAAGACCCCAGCAAGCGCCUCGCCGUGAUCAUCUUCAUGAUCUCUAUGGGUGUCGCGCUCGCGUCCCACGGCGAGCUGCGCUUCAACCUCAUCGGUUUCCUCACUCAGGCCGCCGCUGUCGGAUUUGAGGCAUCGCGCCUGGUCAUGAUCGAGAUCCUGCUGCACGGGUUGAAGAUGAACCCGCUCGUGUCGCUGCACUACUACGCGCCCGUGUGUGCACUCAUCAACCUCGCUGUGCUGCCGUUCACAGAGGGCCUCGCGCCAUUCUACGAGCUCGCGCGCAUCGGGCCGAUGAUCCUCAUCUCAAACGCGGCGGUCGCGUUCCUGCUGAACAUCGCGGCGGUGUUCCUCGUCAGCGCGGGCAGCGGGCUCGUGCUCACGCUCGCGGGCGUGUUCAAGGACAUCCUGCUCAUCACCGGCUCCGUGCUCAUCUUCGGCGCGCAGAUCACGCCCCUCCAGGUGCUCGGGUACUCGAUCGCACUCGUCGGUCUCGUGUUGUACAAGACCGCGGGGAACAAGAGCAAGUGA